AUGGACACCCAAUUUGUCCGCCAUAUUAACCAAACGGUCGGUGCCAUCGACUAUAGCUAUACCGGCAACUACGUUGUUAUCACUAAAGGCCUGUCCAAAGGACUCAUAUUUAGCGCGCCGUUAGUGGAGGGUCGACCACAACCUAACAAUAUAGUCACUGAAGGGGAUAAUAGGCUAACCAUUGACCACAAGUCUCUGGCACUCGAUUGGAUCCAUAAUAUACUCGGGAUAUACGCUCUGAAUAUGACUACAACCGAUAAACAAAUGUACCCUGUUGUCACACAUGAAUCAUGCGUUAUUGGCGAUAUUAGGGUAGACCCCAUCAACUCAACUUUAUUUUGGAUUAACUAUGUGUAUGAAGGCUACAGUUCCCAAUAUGGUGAUAGAGACAAAAGUACAAUAAUGAGAUCGUCCCAAAAUGGACAGGCUGCUAUAACACUGGUUGCGCCGCAGUAUAUUAGGCGAUACACAUUAAAUGUAGAUGUUCAGGGUAAACGAGUAUAUUGGGUCAGCAGGGAAAAUAGCUAUACAUCUAUUAACACAAUUCUGUCAAUCGGGUACGACAGCAGCAACCUACAAUUUCACUACCAGUCCGACACAUUUUUCAGUCAUAUAGCGGCUACGGAUAUAUUUGGAAACUACAUGUUUUGGAUAAACAAUAAAGAACAUACCAUAUAUGGCAGGAAUAUGAGCCUGGCGACUACAAACCCGACAGUUGGAGAGUUAUAUCAAACGGGUAGAGACAUUACGGCAAUGAAAAUCGUGCACAAGUUGCGUCAACCUACCGGUGCUAACAAGUGUAUGAAUCACAACUGCACUCAUAUAUGUCUGCCGUCCGGGUUGGCUAAUGUAAACUAUACGUGUGGGUGCCUACCGUUCCAUAGGUGGAAUGGGAAUGAUAAAGCCUGUGUGGGCAACAUUGGCAACACCGAUAGUACCGGUAGCACCGGUAGUAUUGAUAGCAAUGGUGAUGAUAAGGAUAGAUAUGAUACGACAACUUUUGAAUCUAUUCCCGACCGUAUUAUCAGAAACAAUUUGUCGGAUAAAGUCGAUUUGACCUCAUAUUAUGAAGCUACCAUCCUUGGUCUCCUAGGAUAUCCUAGGAAUAUUCCACUUGUCUAUUGUCGUAAGCCAUGUGCACAACGAGACUUAGGAAAGGGACGCCUCGUGUGUGUCUGUAAUACGACAUAUUGUGAUGAUUUGGAUGCAUUGAAACGGACCCCAAAAGGGGUGAUCACUGUCUUCGAGACCAAUGAGAGCGGCGAUCGACUCAAACAAACGGAACUCAAGUUCGCUAACAAACCGACGAUUAAUGCAAAUAUUAGUCAAACGCUUACUAUCGAUACGAAACAGAGGGCACAGAAAAUCAUAGGUAUCGGUGCGGCCAUCACCGACAGCACCGGUAUUAACAUCAAGUCGUUGCCUCAGAACCUUCAGGAUCAGUUAAUUAAGGACUACUUCGCCGAUACGGGACUGGAGUAUAAUUUGGUGCGAAUACCCAUCGGAGGGACUGACCUCUCGACCCAUCCGUACAGUUAUGAUGACAACAAUAAAGACGACUUCGAGUUAAAACAUUUCAAUCUCACGGCCGAAGACCACGACUAUAAGAUACCAUACAUGAAAUCUGCGUCCAAAAUAAACCCGCACAUCAAAUACUUUGGCAGCCCGUGGGCACCACCUGCGUGGAUGAAAAAUAAUAGCGACCUCAUUCAUGGUGGAUAUCUCAUUGGACAGCCAGGUGGACAAUAUUAUAAAACAUUUGCCAAAUACUUUGUCAAAUUUCUAGACGCUUAUAAAUCAAAUGACCUACACUUCUGGGGCAUAACUAUAGAGAAUGAGCCGAAAGCGGGCGAUGCAAAGACCUAUGACUUUAAUUGUUUGGGUUUUACACCCGAACUCCAGCGGGAAUUCAUCAUCAAAGACUUGGGCCCCACGCUUGAGGCGGCGGGUUAUGGACCCAAACAGUUGGAUGUUAUGAUAUUUGAUGACCAAAGGGACCAAAUAGUCAGAUGGGCUAAUGUUAUACUGAAGGACAAGGAGGCGGCCAAAUACGUGGCCGGCACUGCUGUCCACUGGUAUAACAAUAAUGACACAAAUGUGGGAGAAUUGGACAAAACCCGUGACAUCGACCCCACGAAGUAUAUUAUUAACACAGAGUCUAGUAAUGCCCACCGAGGUGUUGGAUCAUGGGAAAAUGCUGAGAGGUAUGCCAAGGAUAUCAUUGUGGAUCUUAACCACUAUGUGGUAGGGUAUGUUGGCUGGAACAUGGUGUUGAACAUGGCAGGUGGACCAAGGUAUUGCGGGGACAGUCAGAACGCCCCCAUAUCGGUGGACGCCACCAAACAUGAGUACUACAAACAGCCCUCGUUUUACACUCUGGGUCAUUUCAGCAAAUUUUUAGUCCCGGAGUCCGUCAAGAUUGGCAUCACUGAAGACAACCCCCAGUCCGAUGUGUACAGCACUGCCUUUCAGAGGCCCGACGGCGGGGUUGUUGUCAUUGUCUUCAACAGAAGGAACGACACGUUGGCGCUGACUAUCAAAGAGGGCAGCAAUCGGGUCACUCAUACCGUCAAACCCCAUGAGAUUCAGACGUAUAUCUAUUAUGAUAUUUAA